UAUAUCCGCCCAUACACACACCCUUCUUUCUUUCUCCUUCAUCACCACAUCAAUAUCGCAUCAUUCUUGUACAGUAUAUCAUAUUACCUGACAGACGUUUUGACAUUCGCAUCGCCUCGGCUCGGCUUUCCGCGUCCAAUUGACAUUACCUCAGUCCCGAGGAAUACGCAAGGCUUGGCAAUUCAUUUUCGGAUCCCCACCGCCUAUCACAUAAUCGUAGAAUUGAAAAGAAGUUUGAUCGCAAACGAAGAAUAUACUCAAAACGAUCAUCAUCAAGGUAAAACAAAUAGCAAAUAUCAUUGUAUACCAUUCAUUCGACUGAUCGUUUGCAAACAAAGUCACGCCAGAGGGAGAUGGGCGCAAUCGUCUCAAGACCGGUAUUGCACAAUAUCGAAACAGCAUUACUAUCAAUCGCUCAAUUGGUUGAUACAGUAGUACGAGCGGUGGAAUACUUGCUUUCAGUCAUUAUAUCAAAAUGCGUUAGUCGUUCUAUUUAUCGUCACUUUUACGUUUCAACACCAACAAGUGUAAAUGCGGCAGAUUUGAAUGAUGCAGACAAAGAAGGCUUAACGAGAAUUUGUACAAACGAAGGUGUUUGUUAUAUUCCUGCAACCAGGAUUGCACAACAUCGUCAAUUACGUAAACAAAAACAAGAUGAUCGCUUGAAAAAGCGAAAGAUGCGUGCUGAAUGGGCAGCUGCGGGUUUGAAUGUUGACGAAAUGGCAAGGGAAGAAAGACGAAAGGAAAGAUUGCGGAAACAAAAGACAAACAAAACCAAUGAAUCUCUUGCGGAAUCGGAAGAGAAAAAGAGUAAACUCAGUAGACAAUCUACUGCGAUUGAUGAGUCUAUUCCACUGGUAUCACUACCGGAAAAGGUUGCCAAAGAGGAAAAGCCGCUAUACAUCAUGGGCAACGUGGCUCGUCGUUCGGCAGACAUUAAGAGAAGCGAUCAGCCAAAGAAGACCGAAGAUGAAGGCAAGCAAGAGAAAGACGCACAAAUUCACUGGGCAAAAAGUCAUCGGACCAGACCAUUGACGGCGGUGAGAGAAGCAUCGCACGAUCACGGUAUUCUCAUCGAACCUCCAAAGUUCCGAGCAAGGUUAUCACAAGACGCCAAAGGCUUACCAAAUGGAAUGGCAGAUGUGCUUGAGUUCAAUGGAGUUCCUCAUGGAAAAGAACAAAAAGAUCGUAAACGUCAAAGCAGUAUUCCUUCUCCUCCAAAAUUCCAAGCGAAAAAGUCACAGUCAAGUGUUGAAGCAAUAAGUGCUUCUCGUAUAGCGACUAAUGUACAGGACAAAAGAGCUUCCAUGCUCGAUCAUGCAUCGACUCCGAACGAUUUUCAGAAAGGGCACAGGCCGAGUGCAUCUCUGCCUCCGUUGAUGACUUCAACGACAGCUUUGAGAGCACACAACGUCUCAGUGCCGAUAUCUCCUGCUCUCGUUCAACCCAAACCAAGGAGAGCGGUAGAAUCACAUUUUGACGGUGGAUCACCUUUGUUCGCUCCACCUUCUCUUCACAGUCCAACGAUCACUGCCGGUUCUUUACGUUCAGCAGCAACGCCGCCUCCUGCAUUUUUAAAUAGGAAUCGAAACUCUAUCGAUCUUGCACAUCCAAUCUCACGGGGCGGCACGCCAAGCGAUAAUGACGCAAGCAGUAUUCGUAGUAAACGCAGCAUAGCCACAACCGCAACUCCCCCUCCUUAUGUCGUUCAUCUUGCCGAUAAGGCUUGUAAAAGUAGAUGGGAAUCUACUGCUAAAGAACGUAAAGGUUGGAAAGGAGAAGUGAAAAGGAUCGCUUUGAACAAAGUGCAUGAACAAAGAACCGCUUAUCGAUCUUCGGUCAGCUUACCUUUGACCGAAAAGCAAAUCAACCAGUGAUACGGUCAUCCAUCAUCUUUUAGUACAUACACGCAUAUCAUCUUCUAACGACUAUUAAUGACUUUCAUGACUAUACCAGAGCAAUAGAAUCUAUUUUGCAAUACCACACAUGCCCAAUCUAUUCAAUUUCACACAGACGUUAUGAUUUUCGAUCGAUUGAAUUAUCAUGCUUUACAAGAGAGUAAAUCAUACCCAAGCAUACAAUCCAUCACAUCCACCUACUCUGAGUGAGAUGCAAAAGG